UUUGUGCCUGCGGGUGCGCUCGUUCGGGCUCGCCCGGCUCGGAGAGCGGCGGGCGGGCGGCCGGGGGCGCCGAGGCCCGGGGCGGACGGGGCCGGCAGGCGGCGGCGGAGGCGAUGCGCCGCGCCCCGCCGAGCCCGUCCCGCCGCGCUAGGUGAGCCGGCUCCAGGAGCGCGGGCUGCGGCCAUGGGCACCCUGGGCAAGGCGAGAGAGGCUCCGCGGAAACCUUCCCAUGGCUGCAGAGCUGCCCCUAAAGCAAGACUAGAGGUGAAGCCCCCCAACAGCCCCUGCCCCACCCAUCCCAGCCUGGCCCAGAUCACUCAGUUCCGAAUGAUGGUGUCUCUGGGACAUUUAGCCAAAGGAGCCAGCCUGGACGAUCUCAUUGACAGCUGCAUUCAAUCUUUUGAUGCAGACGGAAACUUGUGUCGAAGUAACCAACUCUUGCAAGUCAUGCUCACCAUGCACCGAAUCAUCAUCUCCUCUGCAGAACUGCUCCAAAAAGUUAUCACCCUCUAUAAGGAUGCUUUGGCAAAGAAUUCGCCAGGGCUUUGCCUGAAGAUCUGCUAUUUUGUAAGGUAUUGGAUAACAGAAUUCUGGGUCAUGUUUAAAAUGGAUGCCAGCUUGACAGACACUAUGGAGGAGUUUCAGGAACUGGUGAAAGCUAAGGGUGAGGAGUUACACUGCCGCCUGAUUGACACAACUCAAAUCAAUGCCCGUGACUGGUCCAGGAAACUUACUCAAAGGAUAAAAUCAAAUACCAGCAAGAAACGGAAAGUCUCCCUGCUCUUUGACCACCUGGAACCAGAAGAGCUAUCGGAACACCUUACCUACCUUGAAUUCAAGUCCUUCCGAAGAAUAUCUUUCUCUGAUUAUCAGAAUUACCUUGUAAAUAGCUGUGUGAAGGAGAACCCCACCAUGGAGCGGUCGAUUGCCCUGUGCAAUGGCAUCUCCCAGUGGGUCCAACUGAUGGUUCUCAGCCGCCCCACCCCACAGCUCCGAGCAGAAGUCUUCAUCAAGUUCAUCCAUGUGGCUCAGAAGCUCCACCAACUACAGAACUUCAAUACAUUGAUGGCUGUGAUAGGCGGGCUAUGUCACAGCUCAAUCUCCAGGCUCAAGGAGACAAGUUCGCAUGUCCCACAUGAAAUCAAUAAGGUUCUGGGUGAGAUGACUGAGCUGCUGUCCUCCUGCAGAAACUAUGACAACUACCGGCGAGCCUACGGAGAGUGUACUCACUUCAAGAUCCCCAUCCUGGGGGUGCAUCUCAAGGACCUCAUCUCCCUGUACGAAGCCAUGCCCGACUAUCUGGAGGAUGGGAAGGUGAACGUCCACAAGCUGCUGGCCCUUUACAAUCAUAUCAAUGAACUGGUCCAGCUGCAAGAGGUGGCCCCGCCCCUAGAGGCCAACAAGGACUUGGUACACCUGCUGACGUUGUCUCUGGAUCUCUACUACACUGAAGAUGAAAUCUAUGAGCUUUCCUAUGCCCGAGAACCAAGGAACCACAGAGCCCCGCCACUAACACCUUCAAAACCACCAGUAGUAGUGGACUGGGCCUCCGGAGUAUCUCCCAAACCUGAUCCAAAGACCAUUAGCAAACAUGUCCAGAGGAUGGUGGAUUCUGUCUUCAAGAACUAUGAUCAUGACCAGGAUGGAUACAUUUCUCAGGAAGAGUUUGAAAAGAUUGCUGCGAGUUUUCCAUUUUCCUUCUGUGUGAUGGACAAAGACAGGGAAGGCCUCAUCAGCAGGGACGAGAUCACAGCCUACUUCAUGAGGGCCAGCUCAAUCUACUCCAAGCUGGGCCUGGGCUUUCCUCACAACUUCCAAGAGACCACGUACCUGAAGCCCACUUUCUGUGACAACUGUGCUGGAUUUCUCUGGGGAGUGAUCAAACAAGGCUAUCGAUGUAAAGACUGCGGGAUGAACUGCCACAAACAAUGUAAAGAUCUGGUUGUGUUCGAGUGUAAGAAGCGAGCCAAGAACCCAGCAGCUCCCACAGAGAACAGCACCUCUGUGGGGCCGGUGUCCAACCUCUGCUCAUUAGGAGCCAAAGAUCUGCUACAUGCACCUGAAGAAGGACCUUUUACAUUCCCUAAUGGGGAGGCUGUGGAACAUAGUGAGGAGAGUAAGGAUCGGACCAUCAUGCUGAUGGGAGUGUCCUCACAGAAGAUUUCUGUUCGGCUGAAGAGGACAGUUGCCCACAAGGCCACUCAGACUGAAUCACUGCCUUGGAUUGGCAGUGAGGGCCCCUCAGGUCCUUUCAUGCUGUCUUCUCCAAGGAAGACAGCCCAGGAUACUCUUUAUGUGCUUCCCAGUCCCACGUCUCCGUGCCCCAGCCCAGUCUUGGUCAGAAAGCGGGCUUUUGUCAAGUGGGAGAAUAAAGAAUCCCUCAUAAGAUCAAAGGAGGAGCUCCGUCACCUCAGACUCCCAACCUACCAAGAGCUGGAACAGGAAAUAAAUGCCCUGAAAGCAGAUAAUGAUGCCCUAAAGAUCCAACUGAAAUAUGCACAGAAGAAAAUAGAAUCUCUCCAACUUGAAAAGAGCAAUCAUGUUUUAGCUCAAAUGGAGCAGAGUGACUGUUCUUAGCCCAGAAACUCAAGGAAUACAAUCUGUAGAUGAGUAUACUGGAGAUCUCAAUUUCCAAACUGAUUAACACAAAGACCUGGGAACCUUAGAAUGACCAGUGCUUAAAACAGUACUCUGAAAGGAAAAGCCUGCUACUGUGUAUUUACUUAAAAGAUUCCUAAUGUGCAGCAUUGUUUUCUCUUUCAGUCGAGUGUGCUAAAGAAUGCAGAACUUUUGCCAUUCAUACCACUAAUUCCCCCAGACCUCCGCCUGGGAUUAAUACCAAAAGUAUGCUAAAAUUGUGGUCUGCCCAGCUGAUUCUUCCUUAGAGCUAAAAUCUCUGGAAAAUCAAUCUGUUUCUUUCUCAAGGUUUUCUACAAACUGAAGGAUUUACUUUGUUCCAUCCAAAGCUUGCUUAUAAUGGAAACAUACCCAUAUUCCAAAAGUAGAUUUACUUCCUCUAUAUCCCAGCAUUCUUUGUGAAUCUGGUUCCUACUUCACUACCUCAGAUCUAAUCAAUUAGCCUCUGUCCCCUUCUUCACUACACUCAUAAACAAAUGAGCAUAUUUACCUAGAAGUGAAUUUCUACAGCUGUAGCCACAACUUCUUAGAGGCCUAUUAAACAUGACAUUAUCCAAUUGCAGGUCAACUCACAGUUGUAGUCUUACAGUUAUCCAUAAAAUAAGUAAUCAAAUUAAGUACCUGGAAACAUAGCUAUUUUACUAUGUCAUACAUGACUGGCUAAUUAGCUAAAAUAAACAUAAUGCAAAUAUGUUUGGCCUCAUAUAGUCUACUGUGGAUAGAAUUAGGAAUUGACAGCUUUUUUGAGUCUAAAGAUUUGUUUAACUCUUCAUGUUCCAUCUUUAUCUUUUGAAGUAAACUAUUUUUAAAGUUCUCUUUUUGAACUGAAUUUGUGCUUCAACAUCUUCACCAUUAAUACUAUUUAGAAAUAAGCUAAUUGGAUCAGUGGCUUAAAUGACAGCUGACAGCAUGUACAUAUGUAUAUACAAUAUCAGGCAUGCAUGUGGCUUAGAAUUUUGUUUCCUCCUUCAUAAAAUGUGGACUUGAAUUUAAACAACUUUUAGUCAUUACACAAAUUCACAAAUAUAAAGUUCAAUUUGUUACAAAGAUGAAGAAAUUGCUCACAAGGUAAAAUGCAUUAUUUGGCAAAAUCACAAGUAACAAUCCUGUGAGUUUUCUAUUAUGAAAGUUAAUGAUAAAUGGGCUCAUUAAGUUACCUGGGCAACUACUCACAAAUUCCUCUGUCAGCCUCUUUACAGUUCUCUAAAAAAAUUCAUAUGGUCAUUUUCCUUUUAUGAGGGACUUAGCUUCCAUGCUUGGAAAGUCGGGUACCAGGCUGACUUGAAACGCAUCCACAGGUUGACCAAUUUCCAAAUCUAAAGCCAACACCACCAUGUCUUCAUAAGAAUACAAAGAAUUUAUACAGCAAUGAUUACUUAAAGGAUUCAGAUCCAUUAAAAAUUUUCUUUGAUGAAGGACCAGUUCCUAUUUGUGUUCCUCCUUAUACUGAGUUUUAGUGACAUAGAACUAGCUUGUAGUUAAUGUUUCAUUAAAUUUUAAAGAAUCAUUUUAUACAUGUAUUUACCCUUUUCUAACUCCAAACUCAGAAAUCUCCAAGGCAGGGCUGCUGAGUCCCACCACCUGCUAUAUACUUACUGUAGCACUCUGUUACUUGCUCUCUAUGGAACAAAUAUGAAUUAUGACAAACUUUCAAAUUCCUAUUCUUCUCUAUUAUUCUUUUCCUCUGAUGUAAACCAAAGAGGGUAUAGCUCACUUUCUUUAAACAGUCAUGAAACACAAUUUUUUUCAUUCUUCUUACCUUCCAUCCAAAAUAAAGACCCCAGGUUAAUUUUAUAUAAAUAAUCUGUAAUCUAAAGGGAUUCAAAAGGUAACAGUCCCCAUAAUUAGUCAAAUUAACAAUGGCUAGAAGGUCUCAAGCAUUGCAGAAUUUAUCACAGAAAUGAUAGGAGGAAGUAGUUUCAUCACAGGUUUUUACAGUCCAGCAAGGGCCAAAGAAAUACAGUAUAUAAGUUAAUAGUAUUUGUGUUGAGCUACAUGGGGUUAGUGGAAUCUACAGAAAUAAUCUGAAAUAAGUUUUUGUUUUAUAAAGCCUAGGAUGCAAAUUUUUGCAUCUCAUACUGACUGUGACGUAAGUUUGGCCAAAUAAUUAUCUGCCAAAAUAAGGACUUUUUAUUAACAGCAAUGUCACUUCUCAUUUUCUUUGCUGACUCACCUUUUUACUGCCCAUUUAUUAAUUUCUGUCUAAAGAUGUAUAAUGUAAGAGAACUGCAAGAAAAAAAAACCAAAUGUACAUAUUGUAAAGGUUUUUUUGAUACUUAAUGUAAGUUUUCUUUGUGUAAUAUUUAUAUGAUAAAAGACAUUAGGAUCCC